AAGAAAAUAUUUAGUUCUAACUUAGCAUUCACAUAGAGAGGUUUAUUGAAAAGUGUAGAAAACAAAAUGUUAUCAAAGAUACAACCAAGGCAAUCAAAAUAUUUAUUUAAAUUAAUAAAUAACAAUAAGUACUCAACAGUUGUUGAUGUAAAGAUAAAUCAACCUGCUUUGGAAACCUCCUAUGUUAAUAGCUUGCAAGAAGAAUGGUCUCUAGCAAAACCAUUCAAAAGCGUACCAGGUCCUUCUAAAUUUCAAAUGUUUCGAGGUUUUAUGAAAGGUGGUGAAUUUCAGAAUUUGUCAUUUGUUGAUGUUUUGAAUUUGCUGCGCCAACGUUAUGGCGACAUCUAUUAUAUGCCUGGUCUAUUUGGUUUAAAUUCAAAUUUGAUAACAUUCAAUUUGGCAGAUCAUGAGAAAGUAUUUCGUACCGAAGGACCAUAUCCUGUAAGACCAGGUAAUGAAUUGGUAAACUAUUAUCGUUUAUCCAGAAAAGAUAAUUUUUAUGCCGAAGAAUAUUUGGGAGUGGCUGGCAAUGGCAAGCAAUGGGGUAAAUUUCGUCAUGCUGUAAAUCCGGUAUUAAUGCAACCCAAAAAUGCUAAACUUUAUAUGGAUCCCAUGCAAAAAGUCAAUAAUGAGUUUGUACAAAGAAUCAAAGAAAUACGCGACCCUAUUACCUUGGAAGUUCCUGGAACAUUUUUAAAGGAUAUUAAUCGUUUAUCAUUUGAAUCUGUAGCUGUUGUAGCAUUGGAUAAAGAAAUGGGUCUCAUACGAAACACUUCAAUUACCCCAGAAGCGCAAGAGCUAUUCGAAAAUUUGCAAACAUUUACUAGAGCUUUCUACGAUUUGGGCAUUAAACCUUCGAUCUAUAAAUAUAUCAAGACACCAACAUACAAACGCUUUGCAAAAUGUAUGGACACUAUGUUUGAUAUAUGUUUCAAAUUUACCAACGAGGCUAUACAACGUUUAGAAAAGCAAGGAGAAAAUGCUGAAGGAAAUAGCGUUUUGGAAAAAUUGCUAAAAAUUGAUCGUAAAAUCGCCAUGAUUAUGGCCAUUGACAUGUUGAUUGGUGGUGUUGAGGUUACCUCAUCUGUUUUAUCAGCCAUAAUGCUUUGUUUGGCCACCAAUCCCGAGAAACAACAGAAGUUACGUGAAGAAAUACUGAGUUCGAUUGGUAAAAGUGAAAAAUUCACUAUAGAAAAUACCAAAAAUUUACCAAACUUAAGAGCUUGCAUCAAAGAGGCCAUACGACUAUAUCCUAUAAUUUUUGGCAAUCUGAGGGCUACCGGAAUGGAAUUAUGUUUGAGUGGUUAUCAAAUACCCAAAAAUACAAAUGUUUUAUUAGCCUCGAAUUUAUUGCUACAAGAUGAAAGAUGGUUUCCUAAGCCCACAGAAUAUAUACCAGAGAGAUGGUUACGUGCAGAAAACAGUGAAAAUGAUAAAAUGUCGGUGAAAAAUAUAAAUCCAUUUACGUUUUUACCAUUCGGAUUUGGUCCACGUUCUUGCGUAGGCAAGCGUAUUGUUGAUUUGGAAAUGGAAAUAACAAUGGCUAAUCUAGUUCGUAAUUUCAAAAUAGAAUUUAAUUAUCCUAGUGAAAAUGCUUUUAAAAGUUAUUUUGUCAAUUCGCCAGUUAUACCAUUGAAAUUUAAGUUUAGUGAUUUGAAAUAAAAAUAAUUAAUAAGUGAGUUCGUUUACACAUUCAGCCUAAUCACAAAAGCUUUACCGAUAUAAUCGUAAAUAACUUUAAAUUACACAAUAAAAAUAAAAAUUUGUCACUUUAAUAA